AUGAACUCGAUUGAUAUGGAGUUUGAGAACGUGUCACAUCUUCAGAAGGAAUGCCUGCUUCGAUCGACAACAUUCUGGGACCGAACAUGCAAAACUAUUAAAACGAUAGAAAAUUGGUGCAGAACCAAAGAGCUAUCUAUUAGCGCCCUUAAAACUCAGAUAGUCAUGUUUACCUGGAAUAGUAAGUGGACUCUAAGACCUAUAACAGUUGGCAACAACAUUAUAGAUCUUUCCAAGUCUGCUAAAUUUCUAGGAGUGACCUUGGACAGCAAACUCAACUUCAAUGAACAUAUCAUCAACACCACCAAAAAAGCCACGGCAUCCCUCAUGCAAUGUCGAAGAGCUGUCGGCCCCACAUGGGGUAUGAGCCCCAAAACAUGCAAAUGGAUGUACACGGCUGUCAUCCGUCCAAUCCUAUCCUACUGCUGUAGUAUAUGGAUCAGGGCCACUCAAACGGACUAUAACGCGAAGAAACUCAAACGUGUUCAGGCAUUGGCACUCAGAAUGAUGUCUGGUGCCAUGCCAAGCACACCUUUUAUCGCAUUGAAUCACCUCACCGACACUUCUGACAUCAUACUGUUCCUGCAAGGUGAAGCAGCAAAGGGUGCGGCCAGGCUACAAGCUUAUGGCAGCCUCACUCUUGAAACUAUCGCCUUCAGGAAGGGAACUAUCAAAAAUCAUACCACUAUCAACAAACAAUUCAUGGCAGACCUCAUUAUCCCACCUAGAGCAACAAGAGACCUAACAACACCAACCAUGAUGCUGGGACGGCACUUCACCGUCACAACUCCUGGAGCCGAUACCACUGAAUAUAGAAAUUCACUUCAAAACACCAUUGACAACAUUACCAGUGAAACAAUCACCUGCUACACUGACGGGUCACUCACAGACUCAGGAUGCGGGGCUGGCUAUAUCAUCACAACUGACAACAAUAACACCACCCUUGAAGAAAGAUCAUUCAAGCUCCCUGAUUAUUGCACUGUUUACCAAACAGAGCUCACCGCCAUCAUUGAAGCUUGCAAAUAUCUCUCUACCUAUACCAACACACAUAUCAUCAUAUGGUCUGACAGUCUCUCAUCUAUACAAGCUAUCUCUGCGCUUUCAACGCGGAGUAGAACUACAAGAGACUGUCAGAGUAUUCUAGAUUGA